AUUAUAUGUGAAGCAGAACAAAAGCAAAAUCUAAAGAGACAGAGUCAGAGAGAGAGGAAGAAGAAGAACAAGAGUCAGUGAGCUGCAAUGGCGGAUUCUCACUCUGUCAACAAUCAGCUCUCGAGACACACUUCUAUUUUUGGUUUACGUUUAUGGGUUGUUCUCGGCGUUUGCGUUGGAGCCGCGAUCGUUCUUUUACUUGUUCUCAUCUCUCUCUGGUUCAUUUAUAGACGAAGCAACAAGAACAAAGCUCUUGAGUCUUCUUCUAAAUCUAACCAUACGAUUGUUCCCGUUGUUUCCAAGGAGAUUCAAGAGAUUCGACCUCCAAUUCAACCCGACCCAACACCGGAGCCACACCAAAACCAAGCUGUGUCUAAACAAAGAGAAGACGAUAACAAAAUUCACAUCGAAAUUGGAAAAGAUCAUCGGAUUUCGUACCCGGAGAGAGGUGGUUGGACUGGUUCCGGGUCUGGGUCUGGGUCGGGUGAUCAGGGUUUACUUAUGUCGUCAGGUCCUGAGGUCUCUCAUUUAGGUUGGGGACAUUGGUAUACGUUGAGAGAGCUUGAGGUUUCUACUAAUGGAUUUGCUGACGAGAAUGUGAUCGGACAAGGAGGUUAUGGGAUUGUGUAUAGAGGUGUUCUUGAGGAUAAAUCAAUGGUGGCUAUAAAGAAUCUGCUCAACAACAGGGGACAAGCUGAGAAAGAAUUUAAAGUCGAAGUCGAAGCUAUUGGUCGAGUGAGACAUAAGAACCUGGUGAGAUUGCUUGGUUAUUGCGUUGAAGGAGCUCAUAGGAUGUUAGUUUACGAGUAUGUCGAUAAUGGGAAUUUAGAACAAUGGAUUCACGGUGGUGGGUUGGGAUUUAAGAGUCCUCUGACUUGGGAGAUUAGGAUGAACAUUGUUCUUGGGACAGCUAAAGGGUUAAUGUAUUUACACGAAGGGAGGAGUCCUGUGGAUUAUAGCCGGGCUCCGGGAGAAGUGAAUCUUGUGGAAUGGUUGAAGAGAAUGGUGACGAAUCGAGAUGCGGAAGGAGUUUUGGAUCCGAGGAUGGUGGAUAAACCGUCGUUAAGGUCAUUGAAGCGUACCCUUUUGGUAGCUUUAAGAUGUGUUGAUCCUAAUGCUCAAAAGAGGCCUAAAAUGGGUCAUAUCAUUCACAUGCUUGAAGCUGAGGACUUAAUCUCUAAAGAUGAUCGGAGAAACUCCGGUGGAGGAGGAGGAGGAGGUAUAGAACAGGGAAGGUCACCGCGGAGGAAGACAAAUGUGAAUGAAUCAGAGGAUGAGAGUGGUGAUUCUGUUCUGAUUAACAAUGACCAAUUAGCUUUGGAGAAGAAGGAGAGUCAGUAAAAAAAAGAAAGCUUUGGCAUUAUAAUUUUGUUUACUAUUUUUGAAUUUUUUUUUUCUUGUGUGUGUAUGUAUGUGUGUGUGUAGAUUCUUGUAAUUUUGCAAUAAUUAAAAAUGGGGAUUGCUU